AGUUUAAAGUUAAUAUUGACAAUGCAAGUCACUAGAGAUACCAUUUUAUAAAAAAAAAUAUAUUUGUCUUAUAUAUAUGAGCAGGUGCUUUCCCAAAUUGACUUCUCAUUUGUGUUAAGUGCUUUGUGGUUUUGAAAUCAUUGUGGAAAAUGUUGGUAGUGUUACUUGUUCUUGUCGUUGGGACAAUUUUCCUAUUUUUCCGGAAUAUUUAUUCAUACUGGAAACGCAAGGGAUUUCCCUACAUCAAACCCUCAAUUCCAUUUGGGAAUAUCAGGGAGACAGCGAUGCGGAAAAUGUCGCUUGGAACUUGUCUACAUGAGCUAUACAAAAAGUCCACAGAUCCUUUUGUUGGGAUUUACUUGUUUUUCCGACCAGCUUUGUUAAUUCGUGAUGCAAACCUGGCUAAAUCCAUUUUAACGUCUGAUUUUGAGCACUUCUAUGAUCGUGGGGUGCACUGUGAUGAAGAAAACGAUCCACUGUCAGCCACAAUGUUCGCCCUAACAGGACAAAGUUGGAAGAAAAUGCGAUCAGCCCUCUCGCCGACAUUCACUUCCGGAAAGCUCAAGAAUAUGUUCCCCACAAUCAUGGAAACCGGCAUUGAACUUCAGAAGUACGUUGAACCCAUGGCAGAGGCAGGAAAAUCCAUUGAAUUAUUUGAGCUGUCAGCAAGAUAUGCUGUCGAUAUAAUAGGAUCUGUCUUUUUUGGAAUAUCUGUCGACACCAUUCACAAUCCCGAAAAUAAAUUCCGCCAAAUUGGUCGAAUUGCCCAGGGAGAGAAUAUCUCUGUUGCAAUCAGGUCAGUGGGAUUGCUUCUAGUACCCAAACUCCUGCAAAUAGCUCGGGUGGGAAUAUUGCCAUCUUUUGUUGCAAAAUUUGUGAUAAAUCUCGUGAAAGAUACGAUUGAACAUCGCGAGAAAAAUUCAGUCACACGCAACGAUUUCAUGCAACUACUGCUGCAACUGCGCAACACCGGAAAAGUCAGUGCAAAUGAUGAAACGUGGGAGACGAAAAUUAAAGAUGGUGGACAGAAGAUGAUGUCCAUAGAGCAGUGCGCUGCUCAGGUCUUCCUGUUCUACAUAGCAGGAAGUGAAUCUUCUGCCAGUACAAUUUGCUUCUGCAUCCAUGAACUCUCACACCAGCGAAACCUCCUUCUGGAAGCUCAGAGAGAGAUCGAUGAGAUGUUGAAGAGGCACAAUGGACAAGUAACUUAUGACAACAUCUUGGAACUGACUUAUCUCGACAAGUGUAUCAAUGAGACAAUAAGAAAGUAUCCCGCUUUGCCGAUUCUCAACAGAAAGUGCACAAAAGACUAUCCCAUCCCAGGAACUGAUUAUGUGAUUGAGAAGGAUACUCCUAUUAUUAUUUCUCUGUUGGGUCUACAGAAUGAUCCCAAGUAUUUUCCAAAUCCAGAAAAGUUCAUGCCGAGUCGCUUCGAUAAAGGAAAUGAGGAUUUCGUUUCCAAUGCCUUCUAUCCCUUUGGGGAUGGGCCACGCAACUGUAUUGCACAACGAAUGGGAAAGAUUGUGGUGAAAGUGGGAUUAGUGAUGCUACUCUCGAAAUAUGAUUUUCAUUGCAAUGAACCCAAUGGAGCACAUGAGUUGGACUUUAAGCAGAGUACCCUGAACCUGAGCUUAGCUACCGAUGUUAAUCUAAAAGUAACCAUCCGGAAAUCCACACUGAUGGCCAAUAGCGAAAUAAAUGCAGGAAACGGCAAAAUAUGGCACGGACACUGAUUGAAAUUGGGUUAGUUAUUGUUGAACUUUCAUCCGUUUUCCCAUCAAAUUGUGGAUGAGUGAGCUGAAAAUUAUUCAGCAUGGCGCAGGAAAGAAAAUAUGUAGAACAUCCCAUCCCAUUUAUGCAUUUGUGAUUUUGCACAGAAUUCCCCACAAAUGCCGCAUAUAGAAACAUUGAAUAUUUUUUCCAUGAAUUUAUUGCUAUGAAAAGAAAUGGAAACUGUCUCUAUGCUACAAUAAUAAAUGGAAAUACACAUGAUA